CGUCAACAUUUGUUUGAUUGCCGCCGUGAAUGUAGGAUGUGAGUGAUGUGCUAAUAUUUAGAUAUGUCUGCACCUAUUUUAAAAUGGAAGAGGAUUGGGAAUGCAAGUGGACCAUGUCCCAGACCAAGACAUGGGCACAGAGCAGUUGCCAUCAAGGACCUGAUGGUUGUUUUUGGUGGUGGAAACGAAGGCAUCGUUGAUGAACUCCAUGUUUACAACACGGCCACAAACCAAUGGUUUGUUCCGCCUGUCAAGGGAGACAUCCCUCCCGGAUGUGCUGCCUAUGGCUUUGUGGUCGACGGCACUCGCAUCCUUGUCUUUGGUGGCAUGGUUGAGUAUGGAAAGUACUCAAAUGAAAUCUAUGAACUCCAGGCGAGUCGAUGGGAAUGGAAGCGGAUCCGCGCCCGCCCGCCGCGCAACGGUCCGCCGCCGUGCCCCCGGCUGGGACACAGUUUCACACUGAUCGGCAACAAGGCUUACCUGUUCGGUGGCCUGGCCAACGAGAGCGACGACCCCAAGAACAACAUCCCGCGCUACCUGAACGACCUGUACACACUGGAGCUGCGUCCGGGCGGCAACGCGCUCGGCUGGGACAUCCCGCAGACCUACGGCCAGCCGCCGCCGCCGCGCGAGUCGCACACCGGCAUCGCCUACACGAACGCGCAGCGAGACUCCUCGCAGCUCAUCAUCUACGGAGGUAUGAGCGGCUGCCGCCUGGGCGACCUGUGGAUGCUGGACGUGGACUCGAUGAUGUGGACGCGGCCGCAGGUAGGCGGCACGCCGCCGCUGCCGCGCUCACUUCACACCACGCAGCUGAUCGGACAGCGCAUGUUCGUGUUUGGCGGCUGGGUGCCGCUCGUUAUCGAUACGGACGUCAAGGUGGCCACACACGAGAAGGAGUGGAAGUGCACAAACACGCUGGCAUCGCUCAACCUCGAGUCGAUGGAGUGGGAGCCGCUGGCUAUGGAGGCGUUCGAGGACGCCAUUCCGCGCGCGCGCGCCGGCCACUGCGCCGUCACCAUACACUCGCGGAUGUACAUCUGGUCCGGACGCGACGGAUACAGAAAGGCCUGGAACAAUCAGGUGUGCUGUAAGGACCUGUGGUACUUGGAGACGGAGAAGCCGCCGUCGCCGGGCCGCGUGCAGCUGGUGCGCGCCUCCACACUGUCGCUGGAGGUGUGUUGGAGCCAGCUGCCCACCGCCGACUGCUACCUUCUCCAGAUUCAGAAGUACGAGAUGCCGCCGCAGCCGGCCGGCCAGCCCAGUCCGGGCGCCGCCGCCCAGCCGGCCGGGGCGGGGGCGGGGGCGGCUCCCAGCCCGCCCACGCCGAGCGCGGCGCCCGUCCGCCCGUCCAUCACGGCCACAGCGGGCAUCCCGAGUCCGUACAGCCCGGCUAAACUGGGGACCGGACUGCGGAAGGUGCUCACCAAACCGGAGCCCAAGUCGCCCGUCAGCAGCCAGCCCAUGUCCGGUAUCGCGGCGCUGGCGGCGGCGGCGGCACAGACGCAGCGCGCGCCGCCGGCGCAGCAGACCACAGCCGACAGUCCUGGAGUGAAGGGAGUGCGUCUGUCCACGGCGGCGGUGGCGGGCGGCGGGAACGCCAUCAGCUCGGUGCUGAAGUCGCCCGGCCAGCCGAAACAGAUAAUCCUGCAGAAGCCGGGCGCCGGUGGCCAGCCACAGAUUGUGACCCUGGUGAAGACCAGUCAGGGGAUGCAGGUGGCCACGGUGCCCAAGGUGAACCUGCUGCAGGGCAAACCGUCCGCUCAGAUGACCGCCGUGUCGGCCGGCAAGUCGCUGCCGCAGGGCGCCACCAUUGUCAAACUGGUGGCCACACAGGCCGCAGGCGCCAACCGCUCGAUCGGAUCGAACGUCAUCACCAUCGCCAAGCCGCAGACGGUGUCGACGCCGGCCGGCGGCAAGCAGACGAUCGUCAUCACGCGCCCGCCGCGCGCGGCCACCCAGCAGGUCACCAUGGUGUCCUCCGCAGCGGCUCCGGCCGCCGGCGCGGCGGUCGUCCCGUCCGCGGCUGCCGGCAGCCCGGCGGCACCGCCACAGACGGCCGGCCAGGCGGGGGUCAAGAUGAUCGUGGUGUCGUCUCCGUCUGGCACCAACACCACGCCGGCCAUCUCUCGUCCGAUCACCAUCUCCGUGCCGGGCCAGUCGGGCCAGGCCACCAAGACGGUCACCAUCGCGGCCAAGUCAAAUACGCUGGUGGGUCUGCCGGCGCAGGGUCUGCUGCCGGCCGGGCCGCGGCCUGUCGCCGUACAGGUAUCCACGGCCGCCGGGCAGAAGACGGUGACGCUGAUGGCGGGCUCGGCGGCGGCAACAGCGGCGGGCGGAGGCUCCCCGGCGCAGCAGAAGGUGGUGCUGCUCAACCAGCCGGCCACCACGGACGCGGCGCUGGCGGCGCUGGCCGCGGAGGCCGGUCUGGGCGUGCUGCCGGAGUCAGGCGGUGGAGAGCCGGCCGAGCAGGCCGCGCCGGAGGCGGCGCCGGCCCAGCAGCCGGCGGCCGUGCCGCAGGUAGACGGGGCAGACGACAGCGAGGACGAAACGCCGCCGCCGCCGCAGUCGGACGAGGGCGCGCCGGCAGCGCCGGCCGCCGCUCCGGCCGCCGAGGGGCCGGCUGAGGAGGCGCCGCCGCCGCCGGCAGACGAGGAGCCGCUGGUGGGCCAGCCUGUGGACCCGGAGACGGAAAACCCAGGGCCGGCCGGACGCGCCGCCGCCGCCGCCGCUGAGGCAGCUGAGAAGGAAGCUAAGACGGACGCCGAGGCAGCUGGAGAUGCAGCCGCGACUGAAACCCCCGCAGAGGGCAGCUCUACUGAACAGAAACCCGCAGAAGACUCUGCCCCGGAGGAAAAGCCCAUGGAGCAGGACAGUGCUGCGGAUGAUAAGCCUGCUGCGGAGAGUGCUCCGUCGGAGACUGCUCCGGCGGAGAGCCCUGCUGCGGAGAGUGCCGCUACGGAGCCGGCGGCUGCUGAGGGUGCCGCUGCGCAGGAGUCGGCCCCUGUCCAGCCGGCCCCAGCAGCUACUGACGGCACGAAGCCGGCACCGAGCGACGACACUCCGGCCGAGAGCGCUCCACCGGCCGGUGAGCCGAUGGAUACCGCCCCGGAGGGCGGCACCACCACCGCGGCUCCGCCGGCUCAGCCCAAGGAGGAGCCGUCGGACGCCGACGCAGAGACGGCCGCCGACCCGCUGGCCACGCUGGCGUCGGCGGCCAUCUCGACGGCGGCGGCGGCGGCGGCCGUCAAGUCUGAGCCGCGCGCCGAGAACGGCGUCACCAAGAGCGGCGCCGACUCUGAGGAGAAGCGCCGCGACGCGCUGUGGUUCGACGUCGGUAUCAUCAAGGGCACCUCGUGCACGGUCGAGUCGUUCUACCUGCCUGUCGACGAGAACGGCGACGUCCUCUCCGAGAGCGACCAGAACAUGAUGCGCAAGGUGGACCUGCAGCCCGGGCUGGCCUACAAGUUCCGCGUGGCGGGCAUCAACGCCUGCGGCCGCGGCCCGUGGAGCGAGGUGUCGGCCUUCAAGACGUGUCUGCCGGGCUACCCGGGCGCACCGUCGGCCAUCAAGAUCUCCAAGUCGGCGGACGGAGCGAAUUUAUCGUGGGAGCCGCCUCAGAACCCGGCCGGGGAGAUCACAGAGUACUCUGUGUACCUGGCUGUGCGCAGCGCCACCACCCAGGCACAGGGCGACACAAAGACGGUGGCCAGCUCUCCGUCUCAGCUGGCGUUUGUGCGCGUCUACUGCGGCCCCAUCAACCAGUGCACGGUGACGCACAUAUCGCUGGCCGCCGCGCACCUCGACACCACCUCCAAACCGGCCAUCAUAUUCCGGAUCGCAGCCAGAAACGAGAAGGGCUACGGCCCGGCCACACAAGUCAGGUGGCUCCAAGACGCACACGCCGGAGGAGUGAAGGCCGUGAAGCGGGUGAUGGACCCGCGCACGCCCGGCCCCGCCGGCAUCAAGCGGCCGCGCACGGACAGCGGUCAGUAGGCCGGCGCGGCCGCCGGCGCCAUCUCACCCUCAGUACAACACGCCUCUCAUUGGGCGCGCGCGACGCCACUCGCCUCAUCGUGCCGCGCGCCGUGCGGCGGAUAGUUUUAGGCGCGGGCGGCACGCCGCGGCGGUACCGUUCCGCCCAGCGACUGUACAUAGAUGGCCGGACCGCUGCCAGCGCGAAACGAAAUGAAGUGACUUAUGACGUGAGUGACGAAACGAGUGAAUGGUUGGGAGAAUGAUGUUCAUUGAGUGAGUGAGUGAGUGAGUGAGUCAGCAUCGGAGCCAUUAUGCCUAGUUAGGACGUCUCGCCUGUAGUCUAUAGCGCGGCGCCCACCCGGUCUGACCGGGCGGGCGGAGCGGUACGCCAACUGGAGUCCGCUCGGCCGGGCGGAGCGGGGCGCCGAGCCUGACCGGGGCCCGCUCGGGCGGCUCGCCGCCGGCCAAUCGGUUCACACUUCCAUUGUGCUUAGGAUAAGGACCGCUCCGUAGCGGGCUAAUUGUACACUAUGCUAAGAAUCGGGCGCUUUCCGUCGCCACGUUUGAAAUAAACUGUCGCAACAUA